AUGGAAGCCCUCCCCGACAGCACCGACUGGCUCCGAACCUCGCUGCCCCUCUUCGCGCCCCUCGAAUCCUCCCUCCGCUGCGAAGUCUGCAAAGAAUUCUACUCCAACCCCGUUAUAACGACAUGUUCGCACACGUUCUGCUCGCUGUGCGUAAGGCGCGCGAUCUCUGUUGAUGGGAAGUGUCCAGCCUGCAAGGCAGCAUGUCAGGCUGAUAGACUGGUGCCGAAUUUUGCACUCAGGGAGGUUGUUGGUAGAUGGGUUGAGGCGAGGGAGGCGGCACUGGAGCUGGCGAUGGAGGGCGUGGGGAAAGGAAAAGUGGAGGGAGUGGAGGCAGAUAUAAGUAACGCGGGGAUGAAGAAAAGAAAAGCUGGGGACAUGGAGGUCGCUGGUGAGAGUGGGGAGGAAGAAGGGCGCCGCACGCGGUCAAGAAUGACGCGGAGUAGUAGUCAACGAGGGAAGGGUGUGAUGGACGAGCCUUUUGAAAUCAAGGACAGCGAGGAUGAGGGCGAUGCAGAGUUUAUGCCAGACGGUAUGGUUGCAUGUCCGAUUUGCUCGAAACAUAUGAAGGAGGAGCAAGUAUGGGGCCAUCUCAAUAAUGGGAGUUGCCCUGGCGAACAGCAGAACCCUACUGGUGCGCGGAGUACACGCUCCAGAUCACAGAACCACACAUUUUUAGCGCCUUCGGGCAGGUCAUCGAGAGAGGUACCAGCACCAGCCCGACUCCCCGGUAUAAAUUACUCCAUGAUGAAAGAAAAAGACCUUAAAAAGAAACUUCAAGAUCUGGGUAUUCCGGCUUGGGGCAAGAAAGACCUCCUUAUACGGCGGCACACGGAAUGGUUGCACUUGUGGAACUCGAAUUGCGACGCAUCGGAAGACAACCGCAAGUCGAAGCGAGAUUUAUUAAGAGAAUUGGACGUAUGGGAGCGGACGCGUGGUGGCCGCGCGAGUGCAACUGAGCCGAUUGUUAUGAGGAAGGAUUUUGAUGGAAAAGGGCACGCCGAGGCGCAUAAGUCGCAAUUUGAUGAGCUUAUAGCAGCGGCAAGAGCUAAGAGGGGCGUACCGAAGGCGAAAGAGGAUAAUGGAGAUGCCACUACAGCGACGCCAGGCGAAGAACCCCAGCACGAAGCACAGCAAGAUGCUGAGGAUAUGCCGCAACCGACCGAGGAAACGGAGACUGGAGUAUCGACGAUCCGAGCACAAGUCGCCGCAACCGACCUAGAGGACGCGGUUCAGUCACCCUAUAUCCCCGAGGCUACCCCUAGGGAAACCCUAGUACCAACAGGCGGCACCGCGGAUUCUGAUGAAAGGGGUAUUCAGACCCCCUUUGGCUCGCCCUCGAAGAAGCUGCCCAUGUUCGCCCUGCCGGAAGAGCCUGCUGUCGAUGUUGAGCAUUCUGCUUCCAUACCUUGA